AGAGCCGUUGCGGCGAAAUCACAAGAAUUUGGCGCCAAAACCCCUCUCCCCCUCUUCAUUGGCGCUGCCCGUAAAUUCACGGGCAGCCGCCUCUGCCUUCCCUUUCCUCACUGGGCUCUUCUUCCAUUCCCAUAUUAAUACAGAAACCCUCCCUCUCUCUCUCUCUAAACUCUUCUUAUUCACACACACUCUCUCUCUAAAGGAAGAAACUUUCGCUCUAUUUUCUUCUGAUUCUGCUAAAAACCCAAUCUUUUCUGCUUCUCCUCUGCAUUUCAAUUCCAAUUCGACGUACGGUCCGAUUCAAGAAGAUGGGGUUCUCGAAGAAGUCCGUAGCGGAAGCCGGCAUGGACCCCGAGGCCAAGAAGUGGGUGGUCGCUGGAAUCUCGAUUCGGGCUGCCCUGAAGCCGAUAUCCACAAAAACGAGGCCGAAAGCACGGGGAACAAAGGAGGAAUGCGGCGACGAGGAGGAGGAACAGUUGUCAAGGCCCGCCACGCCGACGGGCCGAGAAGCGAGAAUACCUGAGCAGCUGCCCUGCCCGGCCGCCCCGAGGAAGCGGCGGCCGCGGCCCACGACGUGCCAUGUCCACAGGGCGCGGGAGUUCUUCACGCCACCGGACUUGGAGUCGAUGUUCAAGUUAGGCCAGUGCUGAAAAGAGAGGGCAUGGAUUAGGUGAUUGACUCUAUAGAAUAGAAUUAAUUAAGUGCUAGUAUUAGUUAGAAAAUUAGGAUUAGUGGUAGGAUUUAGGAAAUCAUAUUUUAUAAGAUUUAAUUAACGUAAGUUCUUUCUUUUGCUUGCAUUUUAUUUGUUUUUCUUCUUCUUUUUUUUGGUCCUCUUGGGUUAAUUCUUUUCUUUCUGCCCCGUUCUUGGUAGUGGAGAGUGGAUAGAGAAGGUGAAGAUGUAUAAAAAGUUCUGGUGAUAUUUUUAGAAUUGGAAUUUCACUUUAUUAUUUGUU